AUGGCAGCCAUGAUCGACCCAGAGAAGGCGCCAUGUGAUAAGGAACAUUCACCGGCUUCCGCAGAACGGACCCAUCUGCACGUGGUCAAUGAGGAUCGCUUGCGCCGCUCUCUUAGCGCGAGACAAGUUCAGAUGAUUGCAAUAGGAGGGACUAUAGGAACUGGAUUGUUCCUAGGGACCGGGAAAGCGCUGGCAACUGGUGGGCCUGCGUCGCUGUUGAUCUGCUAUGCCAUCGUCGGAGGCAUCGUCUUCGUGACGAUGUUGUCACUAGGCGAGAUGGCAGCUUUUGUGCCCGUUGCAGGAUCUUUUUGCACCUUCGCUGGCCGCUACGUUGACGAUGCUUUUGGAUUUGCUCUCACCUGGAAUUACUGGUUCAAUGAUGCGGUUUCGACAGCCGCUGAUCUGGUCGCACUGCAGUUGCUAGUGCAGUACUGGACGGACAGCUUCCCAUGGUAUGCACUCGGUAUCAUAGUAUGGGUGAUUAUCGUUCUGGCGAACAUCAUCCAUGUACGAGCAUAUGGCGAAUUGGAGUACUGGCUCAGUCUACUGAAGGUAGUGACGAUCAUCAUCUUCAUUAUCUUGAGCAUCGCAGUCAAUGCCGGUGGUAAUAUCGGAUACGGUUAUAUCGGAGGCAAGUUCUUCACGAAAGGGGAUGCGCCCUUUGUCGGUGGUAUAGGAGGCUUCGCAUCAGUAUUUGUGACAGCUUCGUUUGCAUAUGGCGGGACAGAAUCCAUCGCCAUCACCGCCGGAGAAACGAAGGAUCCAGCUCGCGUGCUGCCAAAGGUCGUCAAGAAUGUGUUUUGGCGCAUCCUCCUCUUCUAUAUCCUCUCCUCCCUGAUGAUUGGCCUUAACAUUCCAUACGACUACCCUGGCCUGAGCACCAAGUCCAGUCGCACGUCACCAUUCACGAUUGCGUUUCAGAUGGCGGGUUCAAAGGCCGCAGGUUCUUUCGUAAAUGCGGUCAUUCUUACCAGUGUCAUCUCCGCAGGAAACCAUGCGCUGUAUGCCGGGUCUCGACUGCUCUUUACGCUGGGCGCAAAUGGCCAUGCCCCGGAAGUCUUUACCAGGUUGACUAGGUACCAGGUCCCGUGGGUAGCGGUCAUGACCACCAGUCUAGUCUCUAUUGUCCUGUUUUCCUUGUCUUUCGUUGGGUCUGGCCAACUCUGGACAUGGUUGCAAAACAUAGUGGGCGUCUCCAACCAAUUGAGCUGGAUCAGCAUUGGCAUCGCAUCACUGCGGUUUCGAGCAGGUGUAAAGGCUCAGGGCAAAGAACAUUUGCUUCCGUUCAAGAAUUGGACCUAUCCUUGGGGACCGGUCCUGUGCGUUGUGCUUAAUAUCUUCAUCGUGCUCGUCCAAGGAUGGACUGCAUUCAGUCCGAAGUUUGCUGCUAUUGACUUUGUGAGCUUCUAUCUUGAGCUACCUAUCUUUGUGGGAAUGAUUAUCAUCUGGAAGCUUGUCAAGCGCACCAAGUUCAGGAAGGCGAGCGAUAUGGAUCUACAGACCGAUGUUUAUACGAAAGAAGAUAUGGAGCCAGUGGAGAAGAGUUGGAAAGGAACUGGUAAGAGAAUUGAAGCCGAACACAUCAUAAUCUACUAUUACGCGAAGUUACCACCUACUGUCGCUUCUUCCCUACUGGCUCCUGUACAGAUUUUUUCGCGCGGAGCAUCAACAUCGAAUGUCGUAACUCAUCUAUGGGUGGUGGAGCCAUACUUUCUAAUGAAUGAGAAUCAGAAUACGGUGUCAGGCAUCUGUACAUCCGGCAGCCUCGACAUUGUCCAUAGUAUAAAGAUGGUCGAGGCAGCCGGAGAAUGGUCAAGCUCAAGCUUCUCCAUCCUUGCAGGCUUUGUCCUCGGCGCAUGCGCUGCACCUACAACUCUGACCCUCAAUCUCAAUAUCCAAGAGCUUACCGACUUCGCCACGACCGCAGUUGGUGAGGAACAAAUCCUGGCAUUUACAUCACAACACUACAUCAACGCUGUCCCUGAAGAAGUGGUCAAUGGCACCGAACCCACCGGUGGCCUCGCCGGGGCUUCAGGAACCUUCAACUUUGGCAUCAACAGCGCUGCAAACAUGAUAUGCUACAACAUCACUCUGCACAACUUCCAGGGCGAAUUCGACUCCCCUGCCACAACAGCCACGCAUAUUCAUCAAGCUGCGCGCGGGGCUUCGGGACCACCACGAAUCGCGUUUCCCGACCCACAGCCCGUCAAUGGAGACGUUGCCGUGAGGAAUAGUGCGGGAUGUAUGACAGGACCGUUUACGACGGGCGUGAUGAUCGAGGGCAAGGAUUCGGGCGAGGGAUUUCAUGUUGAGAUGAUCGAGGCUGAUCCGGCUGCUUUUAUGGCGGAUACGCAUUCUAGUCUUGCGCUGCCUGGUGCGGUGAGGGGACAGAUGGCUUGA